AUGGUCAACAUCAAGAUUGGUGCUGUACUGUGCUUAGGUUUUAUAUAUUCAGUCACAUGUGAACUGGAAGGUAAAGCUGCUGAUGCUCAAGAUAUUCAGGCGGAAGCUACAGGAUAUGGUGGAAGUGCUGGAGUAGGUGGAGGUGGUGCUGGAGGACUCGGAGGUGGUAUUGGAGGAGUUGGUGGUGGUAGUGGAGCAAUUGGAGGUGGUGCUGGAGGCCUUGCAGGUGGUGCAGUAGGAUUGGCAAUUCUUGCUAUUCCCAUUAGUCUAGGAUCUGGAGGAAUAGUUGGAGGUGGUUAUGGAGGUAUUGGUACAGGAGGAGGUGGUGGUGGAUAUGCAGGUGUUGGAACAGGAGGAGGUGGUGGUGGAUACGCAGGUAUUGGAACAGGAGGAGGUGGUGGUGGAUAUGCAGAGCAGGAGUCGGUGGAGUUGGUGGUGGAACAGUAA